AUGUCUAAUGAAUAUUCCUUGUUGAUGUUUCCAACAAUUCUUUGUCAAUUAUUCAACGUUUGUACCCGUCAAGCGCCUCCUGUAAUAUCAGCUGACUCAAUGGGAAAUACAAUUGCCUUACUAGGGCAAGACGUUGAUUUUACAUGUAAAGUUGAUAACUUAGGAAGACAUAUGGUAGCGUUUGUACGUGCUGGUAAGCCACCUAGACUCAUCUCUUUCGAUGAGAGGAUCUUCCGCCAACGAGAUAAAUAUGAGCUGAAGCCACGUAUGGGCCCAAUGAAUAACGAAUGGGUAUUGACGAUCAAGAAUGCUCAGGAAAAGGAUCGUGGGAACUAUUCGUGUCAAAUAAACACGGAUCCUGUUAUGUCAAUGUCGGGAGAACUUGAUAUUCGAGUUCCGCCGUCAGUGUCGAGAAACACGCCAUCGGCUAUUGAAGUUCGCGAGGGACAUAAUGCCACAUUAAGUUGUAAAGCCGAAGGCAAUCCUGCUCCAACAGUCAUCUGGAGACGACAAGAUCGCCAAAUUAUCCGUUACAAUGGAGCAACAGGCUUUGGAGCCAGCGUCUUCCAUGGACCAAAUCUGCAGUUGACCAAAGUCAGUCGAAAACAUAUGAGCGAAUAUGUUUGCGUAGCCAGUAACGGAAUCCCACCUGACGAAUCCUAUACUAUCAAACUUCUCGUCACAUUCGCACCUCUGGUCAUUCCGAAAGAAACCGAUGUUAAGGCCUCUACUGGGUCUAUGGCUCGACUCGUUUGUACAGCAGAAUCUUGGCCAAGACCAGAAGUAACAUGGGAAAAAGAUGGAAAACAAAUUUUCGAUUCUGAUGAUUUUGCCACGUCUCAAACCGUAUCGGGUCAAUAUCAUAGUGUACAUGUGUUAGAAAUUAGAAAAGUCACUGGUGAUGAUUAUGGAACAUACAGGUGUUCCGCGAAAAAUGAUAAUGGAGCGCACUAUGCGGAUAUUAACUUAGAAGCUGCCCAACCCGAAUACAUCUAUACCAACGUUAUUCCAGAAGGUUCUGGUAAUUUCAAUGUUGACGAUGAGGAUUCAGAUCGUGAAUUGGCAACCCGAGAAACGCAAACCACGCAUCACCCUUCUAAUCUACAAAUAAAACAUCAUGCCUAUAACCAGGAGCAGCAAAGGAACGCACAGCACAAGCAAUCACAUCAUCACCACCGUGAGCAUCAGCAAGCAGUGUACUAUGUAUCGAAUGCACAUCCACAACCUAAACCAUCAAAAACAGAGCUCCGGCAAGCCAGCAUUUCCUCUUCCUCAAGGUGGUCUGUAAUAUCAUGUAUCACAACUCUUUUACUAUGUAUAUACUAA